AUGAAUUAUCACUACGAUAAUGGACGCCGAUACCAUGCAUAUCACUCUGGCGCGUAUUGGGGCCCAAAUGAUGAGCGCGCCAUGGAUCACACUGAUUUAGGGCAUCAUUUAUAUACUCUCAUGCUCCACGGGGAAUUAUAUCUAGCCCCGAUCUCGAAGAAUCCUCAGAAGGUGUUAGAUGUCGGAACAGGAACGGGUAUAUGGGCAAUUGACUUUGCCGAUAAACAUCCCUCUGCAAAAGUAAUCGGCACCGACCUCUCCCCAAUUCAACCGAAUUUGGUGCCGCCGAAUGUUCAAUUCGAAAUUGAUGACUGCUGUGAUGAUUGGCUUUAUUCGGUCGAUAGUUUUGAUUUUAUCCACGUGCGUGGUCUAUAUGGAUGCGUUGCAGAUUGGGGGAAGUUCUACGAACAAGCACUUAGACAUUUAAAACCAGGUGGUUAUAUCGAACAAGUAGAGCAGUCCGUUGUUCCCAAAUCUGAGGAUGGCAGUACGGACGGUACUAUAUUCGAAGAAUGGGGAAAGGUAUCCCUCGAAGCGGGUGAAGCGUUCGGGAAAACACUGAAAAUUGUCGAUGAAGCAAAAGACAGGAUGAUCGCUGCUGGGUUCACAGAUGUCGUUGAACGUCGUUUCAAAGUUCCUGUCGGGCCAUGGGCCAAGGAUCGUCAUUUGAAAGAGCUGGGUCGAUAUAACAGGCUGCAGUGGGAGGAAGGAAUUGAGGGGUGGACAAUGAUGCUAUUGACAAAUGUUCUCGGAUGGAAUCGGGCAGAGGUCGAGCUAUAUCUGAUGAAGAUGAGACAAGGAUUGCGCAAUCCGAAUAUCCAUGCUUAUCAAGAACAUACCGUUGUUUGGGGUCGAAAGCCACCUGAGGAUUAA